UUGACGAACACUGUUUGGCAACACCUCUUCCCGCGUCCCUUAUCGUGAGCUUGUAGUGGAUCUGAGCUUGUUGGAAUAUAUAUCGGGAAAUAAUUGUUGGAAUUUGGUAUAUACUACUGCAAGCAUGGUGAAAGAUCAAGAGCCCGAGCACUUGUGCAAACUUUUCAUUGGUGGGCUCGACUACCGCACCACAGAUGAUUCGCUCAAGGCUCACUUUGAGCAAUAUGGCGAGAUUGUUGACGUCAUCGUCAUGAAGGACCCCCAGACCAAGCGCUCACGCGGCUUUGGAUUUGUGGCUUUCUCCCAGUCUUAUAUGGUUGAUGAAGCCCAGAAGAACAGACCUCAUGUAAUUGAUGGACGCACGGUUGAUACUAAGCGUGCUAUUCCCAGGGACGAGAUUUCCCGAGGAGAUGGCAGUCAAGUGAAGAAACUCUUUGUUGGAGGCAUCAAGGAUGCAACUGAAGACGACCUACGAGAUGUGUUCUGUCAAUUCGGAGAAGUGAUGAGUGUAAGCAUCCCCACUGAGAGGGAGACUGGUAAGAAGAGAGGCUUUGCAUUCAUCGAAUUCUCUGAUUCUGAUGCUGCCGACAAAGCUGCUCUUCAGAAGGAGAUCAUGAUCGGUGACGCGUGCGUUGACGUCAAGAAGGCCCGUGACAAGAACGACAUGUCUCGCCGUGGCGGUCGUGGUGGUGGAGGUGGCGGUGGAUGGGGUGGCGGACGCGAUAGCUACGGCCAAGGAUCUGGAGGUUGGGGAGGCAGCUCAGGAGGAUGGGGCGGCCAGGGUGGUUACGGUGGAUCGGGAGGUUAUGGAGGACAAGGAAGUUAUGGUGGCUACGGUGGUGGCCAGAGUGGCUACGGUGGAAGCAGCUAUGGCCAGCAGAGCGGUCAAAGCUGGGGAGGACAAGGGGGCGGAUCCUCAAGCUGGGGAGGCUAUGGGGACAGCAGCGGAGGCAGCUGGGGUGGCCAGCAGACUGAUUUCGGCAACAACUACGGCCAGUCAUAUGCCGGGGGCCCCACCAGAGGACAGGGUAGCUACCAGAGCUCCCGACCUGCUCCUUACAGCAGUGGCAGUCAGGGAAGCUACGGCGUCUCGAGUGGCGGCUCCGGUGGCGGCGGUGGCUACGGCAGUGGAUACGGCGCUGGUAGCAAGCGGUAUUAAAAGUAUUCCGCUUCCACCACGUCUCAAACUCCAUCAAGAUCCCUCUAUAGUUUUAGGUCCUAGGGCGUUAUAGGAAGGCGAGUGUUGAGGCAGGCUUGACAGGCUCUAUGCUAGGCUCAGACAGGCCAGGCACAGCUCUAGGCUCGCAGUGUAGGAGCCAACUCCCUAGAACAGCUCCAACUCGAGGAUACAUUCCAAACCGAGCGACUAGACGCUCGCUCAAGUCCAACUCUACUGCUACUUCAACUCCCGCCUUCAGGAUGUGGCACUCUAAUUCAACAUUUUUUUGACUGCAUCUCAUAUGUACAAUAUCUACAUAAUGUCAAAUGAUGCGUUCUUAUUUAACUAAAUUCUAAUGAUCCGAUGUUCUUCAUUAAAUAGCGACUAAG